AUGAAGAACACGAUAAAAGAGCAGGACCACGCAGCAAGACCACGCAUUAAGGCGAAGAAUCAAGACGAAGGAGCAAGACGAUGCAGCAAGACGACGCAGCAAGACGAAGAAGUAAGACCAUACAGAAAGACGACGGAGCAAGACGAAGGAGUACGACCACGCAGCAAGACGAAGGAGCAAGAUGAAGGCACAAGACGAAGGAGCAAGACGAAUAAACGAAAGGGCAAGGCGGCGCAGCAAGACGAGGAAAUAAGACGAAGAAGCAAGACGAGGACGCAAGACUAUAGAGCAAGACGACGCACGAGACGAUACAGCGAGACGAAGGGAGAUGAAUUGAGACGAAGACGUAAGACGACAGAGCGAGAGGAAGGAACAAAACCACGGAGUAAGACGAAGAAGCAGGACAAUGGAGCAAGACAAAGCCAGACAAUAGAGCAAGACAAAGCCAGACGAAUAAACGAAGGAGUACGACGAUGCAGUAAGGCGAAGAGGCAAGACCACGCAUUAAGACGAAGAAGCAAGACGAAGAAGCAAGACGAAGAAGCAAGGCGAAGAAGCAAGACGAAGAAGCAAGACGAAGAAGCAAGACGAAGAAGCAAGACGAAGAAGCAAGACGACACAGCAAGACGAAGAAGUAAGACUACACAGGAAGACGAAGGAGCAAGACGAAAGAGUACGACUACACGCGAGACGAAGGAGCAAGACGACGCAGCAAGAAGAAGAAGUAAGACCACACAGAAAGACGAAGGAGCAAGACGAAGGAGCAAGACGAAGAAGCAAGACGAAUAA